CUUUCUUCCUGCUUUAAGAAUCCAGUGGAUCACGGCAGUUGGGACAAUUUUCUUCGAGAAAUGGAGAAAGGUCAAAGACUUUUGUCCAAGGCUUCUUCGUCGAGCCGUUAGUAGUUUUUUUAUGAUAAGCCAAGCGAUGAGGUAGUUUUACAUGGAAAGGCGCGAGAUAAAGAAAGACCUCUCCACAAACAUGAAUCACGAGGCAGCAAUGGAUGGUUUUCUUGAAAAAAUUGGUUUGUUUAGAAAACCUAUUGCUAAGGACGGAUCAUGCUUGUUCAGAGCUGUUGCAGAGCAAGUAUUUAACUGCCAGGCAGAACAUACAAGAGUAAGAGGAGAAUGUAUUGAAUUCAUGAACAAGAAUAAAGAAAGAUUUGAAGCGUUUGUGGAGGGGCCUUUUGACCACCAUUUGUUCAACUUAAGAAGUCAAAAGCAAUGGGCAGGCCAAGUUGAAAUACAAGCCCUCUCUUUGAUGUAUAAGUGUGAUUUUUUGGUAUACAAGGAUGUGAACACAGGUCCAAUAAAAGCAACUGAAAAUAAUUUUGAAAAAAAGAUAAUUCUUUGUUACUCCAAUGGAAAUCAUUAUGAUAGUAUAUUCCCACACUCAUAUAAAAGCAAUCUUGGGUUUUGUCAGUCUAUAGUUUUUGAGUUACUAUAUGGAAAAGUUUUCCCAUUUUUGAUGGAAGCUCAUCCUGAAAAGAAGGCAAUCAAUUCCAACUUGGUUGAAAGAAAUGAUCAAGGUUGUGAUGGUAAAUUGGCAAAUGAUCAGGCCACUGGUAAUAAAGAAGAAAAUGAUGGAUGGACAACUGUGAAGAGUAAGAAACAAGGAAAAACAUCAAUUAAAAUCAAAAGAAUGCAGAGCAAAACUCUUCUGAUCAGUCAUCUCCAUUAUCUUCUAAACUGUAUUGGGAAAAAUAUUGCAUUGGAAAUCUGGGAGCAAAGAAAGAAAGAACAACAACAUAAAGAUCAAUCUGUUGCUGCAAGUAUUCAAUUUAGGAAAAAUGAACGAUGCCAGGUUCGACAUCCUCAAGAUGAAAAACUAUAUUGGGCUGUAAUUGAUGAUGUUUUAGAUGAAAAAUGCAAGAUUUGGAUACCAGAGCUUAAAGAAAGAAAAGUCGUCUCAUUCUCCCGUCUUAAACCAAAAGAACAGCACUCAAAUUAUCGAGAAUUAUCGGGCUAUUAUCGUAAACAAGAGAGUAACGACGAAACUACUCGUGUCUCAGAUGAUCAGAAAACUAACAAACGACGAAAAUCGAACAGAAAUAAAAAGGUCGAGACAAAUGAAACCCAACAAGAAACGUCCAUACAGGUGAAGACACAGGAAGAUGGUUCUGGACGGCAAAAAGGAGAAAAAAACAGACGACGUAAAAGCAAUAACAAUUUUGUUCGUGCCAAAGAUAACAGAAGAGAUUUUAAUCAAAUACAAAAUGAUGUUGUUUCUCAGGUGAAACAACAUUUACUUAAAAAGGAACGAGGAUCGUAUGAAGUAAAUGCUUUUCCAGCUCUUCCCACUAAAGACGAGCAUCCUACCCCAGAUAAAGAAGGUGACGAGUUUUCUAACAGUAGCCAUGAUCCUGCUGCAUUUUGGAGGAAACGAAGAGAAGUUGGGCAAAUUGAGAAAACAGCAGAAUUAAAGACAACCAUGGAGUCUAAAUUGGAUAAGAUCAAAGAUAAUGUACCACAUAAUGACAUUUGUAAAAAUGAUAUUGUAAAGAACGAAGCAAAAAGCAUUGUAAAUGAAUCAUCUAAACCAUCUCUUGAGAAUUCAACUUUGCGUGGAAUUUCCUUGGAACCAUCAUCAUCCAGCAUCCCGGAAAUAUCCUCUAGCAUCCCGGAAAUAUCCUCUAGCAUCCAAGAAAUAUCCUCCAGCACCAUAGAAGACUCUCACAAACACAAACAAGAAUCGCUAGAAGCGGCAACUGAAAACCACCUUGACGACGACGACGAAGAUAACAAUCAUAAAUUUCCUGAUCAUGGAAAUAGGACGAAAGAAGAAAAAAAACACGUAAAUUGGAAAGAUUUGCAGAACAAUGAAGACAACCACGUAGUUAAUGACAAAAUCGCUCAAAACAAAACUAAAGAAACCAAUGAAAUGAACAAGACCGUUUUAACAGACGAAAAAGCUGUGUUGAAAGACACUGUUAUUGAAAUUGAGCAGGAAAACGUCGCAGGAAAUAAUUCGUUGAAUAAGAUUGAAUUUUAUGAAAAUCAAGAAAACGUCAAUCAUCAGACGAACUUUGAGGUCAUUUCAAAUCCUAUCAAUGAAGAUAAUCAGGUGCAAAGCACACCUCUGACAGAAAAAGUACUUUCCUUUGUAGGACAUGAUUCGGGAGAGAACAUUGUUGAGAAUGGUACAACUGUUGAUUAUGAAGAAAAGGAAGAACAAGGAUCCUUGACACCACAUAUGUCCAACUACACGUCACCAAACAGGAAUUCCCCGUCAUUUUAUAAUGAUCAUACAGGCAUGGAAACAUCUAAUAUCGAUAUUCAACCUAUCUUUGCACCAACAAUACACAAUGAAAUUCUUAAUGGUAAUAUAUCAUAUUCAAGAGAUAUCGAGGGUAAAGAUCUUCCACAAGAUAUGGAGGUUCUGCGAUAUUUUUACAACUAUGGAAUUUAUGCGUAUCGAUUUUUCAGUGGCAGCGUGUUUCCGGGCAAUACUCCUAUGAGUCCCGUCUAUCCUAUGGUUAACCCCAACGCGGUAUAUGCAAUGCAACAGCCCUAUCAAAAUCGAGCCAUGGUAAUUCCUCAGAACGUGUAUCAACAAAUGCAGCAACCAACGCAUGAGGACAACCAGCAAUCAAUUGCAGGUGACGACACUCAUGAAAGAAAUGAGAGUCCUGGGUUCAAACCAAAUAUCUCAAUACACCAAUCAGCAGGCUCGUACCAUCCUAUGCAACAAGCGCCACAACAUCAUAUGUUUAGCUAUGGCCAGAUUUUUUCCACGGCUGGUCGUCCAGUUUAUCCUGCUUAUAACAUUUACCCUCCGCGAGCACCCUUCUCUAGAUACCCGGCAAACAAAAUGGGAUUCAAUCGUCCAUCAAAUCGGAAGUACAACAAUAGAUAUUUCAGAAAUGACAACCAUUCCAAUGUUAAAUUACACAAUCUUCAAACUGGCUAUGGUCACGUUAAAGACACAUAGUAAUCGACACAAACUCAACAGUUGUAGUUGAAGAUUAACAUUUAUUUUAUUGGAAACCAAUUUAAACCAAGCAUUUCAUUUCCAUAAAUUCUCAUUGUGUAAUUUUUUUAUCUGUUA